AUGGAUGAAACUCUGUCGGUUUUUAUUCCUAUGGAAAGGAGGGAAGCCUUGGGGAGGCCUAAUCCGAUGAGGAGCCAUUUGGGUGUGAUAGGGUUUAGGACUCCUGGAGGAUCGCCGGCUGUAAAUCUCCCAAGGCAUUCGACGGCUGUAAAUCUCCCAAGCCAGCAAAGUAUAGAACUUCUCAUCAAAGAAUACAUUAACAUGAGUUGCUAA